UCUAUUAUAGGUACUGUUUUGUGCCGUGCGGUGAUAGUGUAUAACGAGGAAUUACACUGUGAAUAUUAAAUGUUACAUUUAUAAAAAAGGUUAAAUUUUCUAAUAUUCAUUAAAAAUCAUCAUGAUAGCUAUGUGUAAUUAGUAUGGGUGUUCAAUAGUUUAGUUAUUGACAAUGUAGCUAUGUUAUUGUUAUAUUUAUAAAAAUAUAUUGAGUGUUGAUGAGUGACUUUUAAACAAGGGCACUUGUGAUUAGUUGAUAAUGAUGGAAUCUCCCGGCCCAGCUAGCACACGUCUAGGAGUCCAUGCUGGUGUGGCUAAUCAGGUAGGGCUGGCUAGUCCAGACUUUGGAAUGGCAGUCUCUGUUCCCCAGGCGUUUGAUUUACAAAAUGUAAGCUGUGGUGAUUCUUCGUCUGAUGCACACUCGCCUGAUUUACCGAUUUCCAAAGCAAGCGAUCGGCAAUCUCGUAUUAAUGCUGAAAAACAUCGCAGAAGUCAGUUUAAUUCUCAAAUUGCUCAAAUGAUGUCUUUACUUUCUGAUGUUGUACAUUCACAACGAAAAGUUGACAAAACUAGUGUUCUACGCCUUGCAGCUAACAAACUUCGAAAUGAACAUGUUUUUGGUGAUACUAUUAAAUGUUGCCAUGUUGAAACAUGGUCUCCAGCUGUAUUAAAGAUUUUUGACCUUAUUGGGGGCUUCAUGUUCGCUGUUACAUGCAAAGGUCGUAUAUUUAUUGUCUCUCCUAAUGUUCAAGAGAAGUUAGGAUAUUGUCAUAUAGAUCUUCUUGGUCAAGACAUAUAUAAUUACAUACACAAUGAAGAUAAAGAGAUUCUAAGACAACAUAUUUAUCCUCUAGAAUUACAGACUGGUUGUAAUGCUAAGUUGUUUGAACAGCAUCAUAAUUUCCAUCUCAGAAUAAUGAGAUCAGGAGCAAGAUCUGAUCCUCCAAGGUAUGAACGCUGUAGGAUAGAUGGUAUGCUACGACGUUCUGAUCGAGCCACAGCCAAUGGUGUCCAAGAUGAGCAGACCAUUAGAAGGCAGAGAGUUAGGCACCAUCGUACUUUUUCUUCAAGUGGAAAUGAUUAUGUUUUUAUAGGAAUGGUUCAUGUUUUAUCGAAUAGCUUGCCUGCUAGAAUGUUGCCACCUACUGCAUACUCUGAAUAUUGGACAAGACACUUAAUUGAUGGUCGCAUAGUGCAAUGUGAUCAGAGUAUUUCUUUAGCUGCUGGUUAUAUGACUGAAGAAGUUACCGGGACAUCUGCCUUUGUGUUUAUGCAUAAGGAAGAUGUUCGUUGGGUGAUUUGUGUCUUGAGACAAAUGUAUGACCAAAGUCGAGAGUUUGGAGAAUCAUAUUACAGACUCAUGUCACGUUCAGGUCAUUUUAUUUACAUGAGAACAAGAGGUUUCCUAGAGAUCGACAAAGAUACUAAGAAAGUACAGAGUUUUGUAUGUGUCAACAGCGUUGUUGGAGAGGAAUAUGGUAGAAAAAUGAUGGAGGAAAUGAAAAGAAAAUAUUCUGUGAUGGUGGAUACUGAAAGAUUAGAGAGUGAAAAAGUACUGGCCAUUGAUGAAGCCCCCGUUGAACAUCCAAAGCGUUUAGAACGAAUCGUAAUGCAUUUGGUGGAGCCAGCGGUUAAUGAAAGCGUGGAUGAAUUAAAAUUAAUUGCUCCAUCAAAGGAAAAUAUAAUUUCUGCUAUUAAAAAUAGUGAAAGAGUUGUACAGGAAACUGGUGUCAGGUUUGAUAAUCGGAAAAGAAAAAAUUCAGACAGUGAUGACAACAGUGAACAUUUAAAAAGGCACAGUGGACUCUCUGACCCUUAGGUGUGCUUAUUUUAAGAUUUUUUUUUUUUCUUAAUAUGUACAAUUCAUAAAUUUUAAAAUACAUUAUUAUCCAUGUAAUAUUUAAAUCUAAUUGACCUAAACAUUUUAGUGUAUGAGAAGGCUUAAGUCAAUUAGAAUCUAUGUGUGUAAGAGUAGGGAAUUAUUUGUAUAAAUAUAGGUAAUGGUGAAAUUGUUUACAACUCGUAUUUUUGGGGAUUGCAGGUUUGUUUCAUCUGCAGGCUUUGAUGUUGGUAUUGGAAAACUAUUUUAUUAUUAAUACUUUUAUUUUAAAUGUAUGUGCCAAAUGCCUGCAGAUAUAAUUUGAAAAUCUUAGAGGUUUGAGAUGCACAGUUGGCAGAAAUUAACAGAUUUACCACAACUCGUUUAUAAAUAUCUUACCUGUUCAUAAUGGAAAAUAUUAUCUUAUAAUAUUUAUAAAAUAUAGACAUAUCACAACUUUUCAUAUUCAUCAAAGGUAAAUUUUUUAUCAGGGUCCUUGAGUAUUUGGCCAAAAUUACUAAUAGCCCAUACUAAAUUACUAAAUUUUCAUGAGUGAAUUUAUCUUUGUCAACAAAUAUAAGGUAUUUAAUACAUUAGUGUUUUUGUUUACUUGGAAAGUAAAGAUCAUUUUGUAGCUCUUCAGUUUAAUUGUAUAUAUUUUGUGAGCCUAAUUAUAGUCACACUGGAAGUCUUUGAUGCAUUUCAAAUUGUGUUUUAUUAGUCAUCUCCGUUGUUUAUAAAAGCUAAAUUGAUUACUGUAUCAUUAUUAAUUAAAAUGUGUAACAUAGGUAUAUUGACUGAUACCUUUUCUAUUUUUAUAAGAUGUAGAUAAUUUAUAUGUUCAAAUCUACAAAACAAACCAAGCACAGUGUUUGUGCAUGCCAUGUUUAUUAAAUUGUGUAAAAAUAAAUUUUGCUUGUAAGGUAUAUAAUAUUCUUCUAUAAAAUGACCAUUUAUGAUAAAAAAUAUGUUUUUCUAAUUCGAUCUUUAUAUAUUUUUUUUGACUAGAUAAGUCCUAUGCAGGAAGUACAAUAACACUAGACUCAUAAACUGAAACUUUUUUUUUUUAAUUUCUUGUUUGUAUAUGUUAUUUUCAAAGGAAAAUAAAUACUUAAAUAUUUUUUUCGCG